GAAGCCAGCAAGAGACUGAAAAGAGCAAGAGAAAGUGGCAGCUGAGAAGGACUGUGAAAUCACCUCCCCUUUCUUGGGCUGUCGAUCASAGCGAGAGUUGUACAUUAUUAUUAUUGUUUUUCUUUCUACGUCUAUCUGUCCACAUACACAGGCAGAGAAAGAGACAAGUACUGACAGUGAAACUCGACGAGACCAGCCAUGGUAGCAAGGGCUCAGCCUGAUCGGAAACAAUUACCGCUGGUCCUACUGAGAUUGCUUUGCCUUCUCCCUACAGGGCUGCCAGUCCGCAGCGUGGAUUUUACCCGAGGUACCGAUAACAUCACCGUGAGGCAAGGGGACACAGCCAUCCUCAGGUGUUAUGUAGAAGACAGAAGCUCCAAGGUGGCCUGGUUAAACCGCUCYGGCAUCAUUUUUGCUGGAGAGGACAAGUGGUCCCUGGAUCCUCGAGUAGAGCUGGAGAAGAGAAACCCCCUGGAAUACAGCCUGCGGAUCCAGAAAGUGGAUGUCUACGAUGAGGGCUCCUACACAUGUUCAGUGCAGACACAGCAUCAUCCCAAGACUUCCCAGGUUUACUUGAUCGUGCAAGUUCCACCAAAGAUCUCCAAUAUCUCCUCGGACAUCACCGUGAAUGAGGGCAGCAAUGUCACCCUGGUUUGCAUGGCAAAUGGGCGUCCUGAGCCUGUCAUCACCUGGAGGCACCUCACUCCUACAGGCAGAGAGUUUGAAGGUGAGGAGGAGUACCUGGAGAUCCUGGGGAUMACACGAGAGCAGUCGGGCAAGUACGAGUGCAAAGCUGCCAACGAAGUUGCCUCAGCAGAUGUCAAGCAAGUCCGGGUCACUGUGAACUACCCUCCCACCAUCACAGAGUCCAAGAGCAAUGAAGCAGCCACGGGACGACAAGCCUUGCUGCGGUGCGAGGCAUCGGCAGUGCCCACGCCCGACUUCGAGUGGUACAGAGAUGACACCAGGAUAAACAGCGCCAAUGGCCUGGAGAUAAAGAGCACGGGGAGCCAGUCUCUGCUGAUGGUGGCCAAUGUCACUGAGGAACACUACGGGAACUACACCUGCGUGGCUGCCAACAAGCUGGGAGUCACAAAUGCCAGCCUAUACCUUUACAAACGAGUUUUACCCACACUCCCCAAUCCUUUUCCAGGACCCGGCACAGGGAGAGUAGACAACGGCUCCAUGAGUUUGGCCGUCCCACUGUGGCUUCUGGCAGCGUCCGUGCUCUGCCUACUCAGCAAAUGUUAAUACAAAUCAGAAUUAAAAAUAAUAAUAUUAAUAAUAAUUAAAAAAAACAACACGACAACAACAACAACAACACACAAAACAAAAYGCGUUAUACAGGAGACAGAGCGAAGAGAGGGGAGAGAGAAAAAAGAGGGGGGGAGAGAGAGAGACGACUGUUUCUUUCACAACUUUUGUGUGUUCAGGAGCGAAGAGGGGGGAGAGGAAAAAUUACAGCAAAGAAGACUCAGCAACAUUUAAUCCAAAACCUGAAAAGCUGGCUGUCAAGUCAUCGACUGCCUAGGAGGCAACACGAAGCACGGGAGAGAAUGGGGCACCAGCAAGGAUCGUGUCGCCGGAGGAUGCUGCAAUGUAAACAAUCCAACAAAACCCGCAAAGCCAAUCAAACAGAAGAUCCCUUUUCUUUUCUCUCCUCCUUCCUCUUUUCCAUACUCCCUCACUUUCCUUCCUUCCUCCUCUUUCUUUCUUUUGCAGAAAGAGGUCUUUGCUUCGGUGUCUAUAGCCAUUUAACUUUUUGGAUGCCCUGGGUCAUUUUUGUGAGCUAAUGCUCAGCCAGUUCAUACUUUUAAAAACAAAUUAAAAAAAAAAAAAAAAAAAAAAAAAAAAAAAAAAAAAAAAAAAAAAACAAAAAAAAAAAAGCCACAAACCAGAGCAAGUCACCUGAAGCUCUCUGCACACUGGUGUCCUGUGAAGAACCCCUUCCUCUCUUCACUUUACCCUGUGUUCAUGUGCCCUCAGCCCCUGCUAAACACCUUCUUUCCUGUCCCCUCCUUCAUGCAACAUCACYCUCUCUGGCCUGAACUAAAGCUGUGUCAACUCUACUGAAAGCCUACUUUUCUUUCUUUUCUUUUUUUCUUUUUUUUUUUAAUCCUCUUUCUCCCCCCAUCUCAAUUCAGCCAGGUGUCUUUCUCUUUCUCCUGUGUAUGUCUGUGUGCGUGCGUGCAUGCAUGUGUGGCUCUUGCUCCGUCUUCACUCUUUCUCUCUUUCUCUUGCUCUCUCUAAGCAUGCAAAGCAAACAGUCCAUGUGUACAUAUGCUCAUCCUGCUGUAGAUAAUGUCCUGCCUUGUAAGUGUGAGACAAGAUGCAGAGAGAUCACUCAGGCAGAGAAGAGGGGUGAGGAGAGAGGGGUAUUUGCAACACAGGUUCACAUCGUGCCCCUUCUUCCAUGUCCUCACUGGCUUUUUGUCUUCUGGCCACCUUGCUUGCAAGAGUCAGUCUGCACCCUUGUCUAGGCUUUUUUUCUCUCCCACCUCCAACCUGUUUGGCUCUCAGCCUCCAAGUACCAGCACAGCAGCCCAUGCUGUGCAUGAGUGCUCACACAUGCACAUGGGGUGUGCACUCAUGUGCAAUUGKCCAAGCAAGUGGAAGAAAUCAGGACUGGCCUACAGCACUGUGGACUGAAGAGUGCGGCCCAUAUUGGUCCCAGGGAUGGGAGGCUGGACCGCUGGGAUGUGAGUGAUGAGACCUUGGAUGUCACCAAGAAGCCAUUCCUUUUAGGUAUAGUGUGCGUAGGAACGAUACCUCAACCUGAAAACCACCAUCUGGUCAUCCCUAACCAUUUUGGUAGUCGUGCAAAAAUAGAGCCAAUACCCUUUUUUGUUGCUUUGUUGGUUUUGUUCUUACUGUCUUCCCUGGUAUAAAAGGAAAUGUAGACUGUGUAAAGGUGAGUGUGUGUGUGUGUGUGUGUGUGUGUGCUGUACACCACGGCUAUUACAAAACUCACUGCAAAUUCCACCUUCGAAAGAAAUUGGGUCAGAAAAUGUCCAGGACCUGUGAAUGUAAGAAAUAAAGCAAAUGUCAGGUCCAAAAUCCUGGGCUUACCAAGAAGGAGCUUAAAGUGGUGCAGCAAAGAAGCAGGCAGCACAAUUUCCCAUCUCUUAUCUCAAGGGUGUUGGUCUGGCUGGAGAGCGCUCUCGCUUGCCAUCACACUUCCCAUGGCAGAACCACAUACAAAGGUGCCAACAAGAGAUGCUUUAGUGGCUCCCAAGUGAGGAGGAGUGAAAAGGCUUUAAGAAAAUGCUGGGCAAUGGCUGGAAUUCRCCACACCAGCACAAGGAGCCAGGAGCCAGGGUGAGCAGAGGCUGCAGUGCCUGUGGGUCAGGGCAGAGGGGAGAAAACUCCUGUGUCCCUCGGCUGGUCACAAGCCAUUGUAUCCACCAGCAGCUAAGAUUGUGAAACACAGUGUGUACCUGCUAGGCAUUUGCCAUUUUGGAUAGAGGGAUGUGCAGGGAGAGCUGGAUUUAACCCACCCAAGUUGAGCGCCCAUCCCACAACAGCGCAGCGUUUUCUCAGCCGCUGAGCUUUCGAGCAGCAGCCGCUUUGCUCCUCACUCUGGCAGCACGCUCGGCAGCCUUGCUCACACGCUCUUGCAGGAAAGGGGGAAACAGCUCAGCCUUGCCACCCUCUGGUGUGCAGGAGGGGAUACCUGACGGGAAUUAAAGCAGGAAUUGCUGCCUGUGAGCCCAUCCCCACCUUUGCAUGGGUGGGGCACAGCAGUCCGACCAGGCUGCUCCCUGGUGCUCUCGCCUUGCACUGCGGUGCUGCCUCUGCGCUGCUGAGCUCAGCUAUUCCAGGCAGCAGCAGGCGUGCAAUUAAGCAGCCAGUCAAAGGCUCCUCCCAGGCAGCCAGAAAAGCCAGGAAAUUUAUUAAAGAGAGACACGAGAGACUAAAGUCUGGGCUUUGCAAGAGCUGAUGUACAGCUGCUGUGGGAUUGGAUGGUGGUAAUUUGUGCUCCUCCACACCCCAAAGCCAUACCUGCAAGAGGGUGCAAGUUGCAAGUGGGCAACUGGUGCUUAAAAUCUACCCAAGGCAUCCAGGAAUGGCUCCCUUCUUCCAAGACAGGGCGAUUAUUGAUAAGACUUGGGCAUCCCCUUUGGAGACCAGUGUGUGUCAGCCCAGGAAAACAAUGCCCUGUGUCCUUCAGAGCAUCUAGACAUCCCAGUCCUUGUGCCAAACCUUCAGGAGGGGCAUGUAAUUCACAGUCUUAGUAACAAGUCCAGAUUUUCUGCUGCAACAGGGCUUCUCUUUCCCCUGGUACAGCCAUGAUUGUUCCUGAUCCCAGAUCCCAGGUCUGGGACCUGCACCCUUUCCAGCAUUAUGGCACGAGGGAAAACGCCCUUGCUCUUUCUCAGAGCCRUACCCAUGCCUGGAUUUAUUGUCACAGGCUUGUUGAAAAAGGUGGGCAGCCUGCAGUGUCUAGGCUGCUCCUAAGGGCUGAGUCAAGCCCAUUUUGGGUUUUUUUCAUGUCAACCUGGUUGCCAUGGUAGCACCUGUCCCAUGUGUUCUCUGCAUGUGUUUUUGUCACCGUGGGGUCACUCUUAGACACUGGGGUCACACACGUCAGAYCCCUGUGGUGUGGUGGUGGUCAUCAAGUCCGGUACCUCAUUAUCUCAUGUUUUGGUUUGAAGGAGUUUUGAGGGGAUGGUUUUUUAGAUGUCAAGGCGCAGAGGCUAUGAUUAAAGGGAAAUAUGUCACUAAAAGCAGGGCAUCCAUGUUUUGAAGCCACCAGCCCAUUAGUGGGGGAAACAGCCCCAGCCCCAGUGCUGGGAUCUGGUCUUUCCUGCAGACCCUGGGCAGAUCUUUGCCUCUGUUGUGUAGGUGUGAAACAGGGUGAAAGCCAGGUAAUUGCAGACCUCUCUGAGAAAAGCCACCAACACCAGGUAUGCCUGUUUGCAGCAGUGCUGAGAACCCCACUCCUGGCAAUGUCUGUUCUGGGAGUUGUGGGUAGGCUGGAGCUCAAUUUUCUGCAAGAAUCUAAUUCUGUGAGCUGCAGUGUGCCUCACAGGAUGCUGUAAAAAUCCCAAUGUCUCCUGAACCCAAGCAGGGAUUGCUCAAAGCACCUSUCAAGAGAUGAGCCCAGAUGAAUAUAGGCCACAUAGACAAAGGUCUAAUGCUUUUCCCCAUUUUUCUCUCCUCCACCCUCUGACAGAGAUGUUGCAAUGGGUUUUCUCAUGUCUCAGGCCCUUCUCUCUGAAACUCUUUCUCAUCAUCAUCUCUUCUCCCCAUUUACAUUUCCCAUCACCUCCCAAAAAGCUGUGUUCUUGCUUCCUGCUGCCUCUCAGCUGGUUGGGGACCAGGGAAGAUGGGAGUUUAGAAUGGGACACCAGUUCCUUGAGCUUGUCAGUGUAAUUGUGUUUGAUUGAUGGAGAUUUAACAUUUAGUGUUAUAAAAAGAUACGAGCAAAAUGGAAAAAAAAAUUGUAUUUCUUCUACUGGUUUGUAAAUAUUACAAGAGUUACAUGAGAUGUCUGGUAAUGUCCAAGCAGAGGAACAAAAACUUAGAUUUCAUAUAUGGCCCCAUAAUUGCUAGCAGAUUUCUAACCCUUUUCGGAUGACCGAGAGGAGGGGUGAAGGCAAGUCUUUCUGAAAGGAACUGGACAGGGGAAAUGCAGCCACCCCGAGCCACAUGAACUCCAUGCAUGAUUGUAGCAUGUUGCUUGGAGCGUGUGCCUGGCCAGAUGGAAAACGAAGCAAAUGCCUGUCUCUGAACGGCUGUGAAGGGCAAUGUGGGAUGCUCCAGCCGACACCUGUACCUUGGCAGUUGUGUUCAUUUCUGUUUGUUUGCAGCCCCGCCCUUGCGGGCUCGUUGCUCAGUGAUGCGCCCUCUUCCUCCUCCCCCGUACCCGCUUUCUUCACCRGUGAAGUUGUGUCGCCCCACGCUAGCCCCGAGUGCAUGUGAACGUGCCAUUCAUGGAGAUUUCAUUGGUGACAUGCAUUGUGUUGAGAGUUAAGUCUUUGUCUGCACAUCUUUCUCACACCACUGACUGUUCACCACUCGGGCAGAUCGCUCGUGCACUGCUGCUUGUCCCACUUUUGCUCAAAGAACAUCCAAGCCCCACCAGCUCUUCUUAGCUCCAGGUGCAUCCAGAUCAUGCCCCGCAGGCCACCUGUCUGAGCAACCCCGUUUGGAAAGUCCAAGCACACGGCAUGGACAAAGCCACCAUCAAAAAAAACACGUGGUCUCCAGGCUGAGUGGAAGCUACACAUCUGGAAGGAAUUUGGGGGAGCAGCAGCGAGUCCUGAUGAAACAAGAGGAUCUGGGAAGUCRGAGGAGUUGUGCCAGAGUCCUUCACAGCCCCACCAGCAGAUGAUUAUUUCAGCUCAAUUUUUGUGCAGUGUUCCAUCACUUCGCCYUUCCCUGGUGAGGGAAUCUAUGGGCACAGGGAAACACCUCUUCUCCUCCUAUCCCCUCACACYUCUGCUUCCUCUCCUCCAAGCGCACUGACCUGCAGCCCAAAACCAUCAUGGUGCUUGAUGUGAUGUAGCAACUGACAUGGGGGAUGGCUGACCAAGACAGUAUGACAGAGGAGGUGCCAGGGGGGUGAGCAGUUCUCUCUCUUUCUCUCUCUCUCUCUUUCUCUCUCCUGAUGGURCACAAUCUUACUGCUUCUCUGACUCAAGGGCACAAAACUUCUUGAGUUAGGGAUGCCGGGAGCAAGCUGUCCUAUGGGAAGAGCAAAACUUGAGGYAGGGAAGUGAUGGAGAAGCUGGAUGGUCAUUUCCAAGAUGUGCUGCCAAUGGAAAAGGGUAGGGAUGAGUGCUGUCCAUCGUCCAUGCGCAGAACACUCAGGUUCACCAGCGAGGAGACUGUGGCCUCUCAACGCUAACCUUAGAGUGGCUUCAUUUGCAGUGGGAUGCCCAGAAGAUGAUUUUUUUUUUUUAAAUUGCAUGACUCUGCUGACUUAAGAGCUGUGUCACACCAUUAAAACCUCUUUCACUUUUCCUUCUUGUAACUUGCUAGAACAAUGAUCGGGCAGCUCCCACAGCCCCCCCAAAUUUUGCCUAAUGGUUGGCUCCCAYUAGGGCAAUAUAUGGUGCUUGUUUGUUAGUUCACUCACUGUAACGGGGGAACAGAACUCAUCUUGGUGACAGCAUGUCGGUGUGGGGGUCAGGGGGAGGUAGGGAGGUGAGGAGAACGGCCAAGGCAGGGCAUGGGUGAGAGGAGACACUCUCCUAAUCAGCCCAGGUGGGGAGCAAAGGGGUCUUCACUCACUACAGGCCUGGUUAUCUGGUGCCACAGCAAUGGAGACUGCCCUGCAAGACUUGUAGAACUGCCCAGAUGGCACAGAAGGAAGGGCAAUGACAGGGGGACAUGACUGCAGCACAGGCAGUGGGGGCUGCACGAGCAGCAGGGUUCCUGGGCAGCACAGAUGGGGAAGGGACAGAGAUGGCAUCCCAGGAGAGCUCUUCUUUCCCUGCCUGUCCUCAUGGUGUGCCUGGAGCUCCCUCCCGGCCUCCCUCUGCUCGCCAUGCAGCGAUGGGCCUCAGCGGGUAAAUGACACCRCGGUGGCUCCAGCGUGUCCUGAGAAAGGUGUGUGGGUGUUUAUGUCCCUAACAGAGAGGUCACGGGUGGAGAUGAGGAGCAAGGCUUACCCAGGAGCCAKCCAGAGAGGAGAUCACCUCCUGAGCAGGGCUGUCCUUCUGCACARUUGUGACAUUGGCUCCCCUUGGGCACGCACAGGCGCAUACGCACACCCCACCAGCUCCACCGCGCACACACAGCGCUCCUGGGCCCCUUUCCCUUCUCUUGUCACGCACAGUUGGGUGGGAACUCAGCCAUGGCUCUGUUUGUGACACACACAGCUCCCUGGUGGCCUCCCAGGAAUCCAGGAAUCCAGGAGAAGGCGUGUGCACUCCAGUGCCUGUGCCUGCGGGAGCACAUGCGUGUGCCAGGAAAGGGAGGAGGGGGCACAGAGCGUGAACCUGCCUCUGCAGUGCCACCAUCACCUCCCAAAAUCAUUCAGCUUUCCCAGCUGGAGCCAAAAUUCAUCCUCUAGACCUUGAGAAUGAAGGCYAGUCCCUUCUUCUUGCUACACGGUGGGGUGGUUAGAACUCUCCUCAUUAACAGUGUUAUAUACAUAUAAAUAUAUAUAUAUAUCUAUAUCUUUAUAUAUAUUUUUCCCCAGCACUGUAGACAUGAGCUGAACUUCUCUUUAACGAAACGAGAAAAUGGCCAUUUUAUUUUUUGCCAUUGUUUUGGUUUUGAAACUAGCUCUGUGAAAGGAAGUUUUAAAAGCGCAAGUGUGUGUGUAAAAGAACCGAUCAAAAYGACUAAACAAGCCAACAAACAAAUGAACAAAACCCAGUGAUGGAAAAAGWAAAAAAAAGAAGCUUUUUAUUUUUUCUUUUCUCAAUGUAUUUAACUUCUGUUAUCUCGUUUCUGUUUCUUUACAUGUAUGAAUGCUCUGCUCUUCUGUGAUCUUAAAAAAAAAAAUACAAAAAAAUACAAAAAUUAAAUAAACGUGAAAAGGAGGUAAUGUUUCUUCAUUUCCCUUCCUUUCCUUGCCUACUCUGGCUUGUCUCCUCUCUGAUCAUG